AUGAGGGGCGGGCAGCGUCUCAGGGACCCGGAUGCGCCGGUCGGGAUAUGCACACAGACACGCGGCGUGGCCCCGUCCCGCACUCGGCCUGCCUCCCGGGACCGACUCUGGGCUGGGGUGUGGGGUCCCCCGGGGCUCUUCCACAUCCUCACCGGGAUUCCCAGCAGUACCCGGGGCCCUCCCCUCUGCCCACGUGUCCUAGGCCCUGCUCCUGACGCCAGGGGCCCCCAGUGCCUCGGGAGGCCCGGAUGUGGAGAUUCCAUCCCUUGCCUCCCCUCCUGCUUCGCGCCGGGGCCCUCCUCUCCGUCUACCUCCAUCUGCUCCCGCCACACCCAGGCUCUGCACCCAGGCUUCGGGUACCCGGAUGUGCCAGGCCUGCUGCACCUGCCGCCUCCAUCUGGCCCCAUCCCGCUGCUGCGCGGCCUUCCCGGGGUGACCGUGGGCCCUGCCCUCCGCCGGGUCCCCUCUGUCCCCCUCAGGGUCCAUCCCUCAGUCCCCAUAGCCCCGGGACCCGCCCCUCCAUCCUCAGCGUCUGCUCCCGCCACACCGGGCCUCCUGCUCUCUGGCUACCCGGAUGUGCCAGGCCUGCCGCACCUGCCGCCUCCAUCUGGCCCCAUCCCGCUCCUCCGUGGCCUCCCCGGGGUGACCGUGGGCCCUGACCUUCGCCGGGGCCCCUUUGUCCUUGUCAAUGCAUCUACUCCCGCCACACCGGGCCUCCUGCUCUCUGGCUACCUGGAUGUGCCAGGCCUGCCGCACCUGCCGCCUCCAUCUGGCCCCAUCCCGCUCCUGCGCGGCCUUCCCGGACUGACCGUGGGCCCUGCCCUCAACCGGGUCCCCUCUGUCCCCCUCAGGAUCCAUCCCUCGCCUCCCCUUAGCCCCUGGACCCUCCCUCCCCCCUCACCGCCUGCUCCCGCCACAGCAGGCCUCAAGCUCUCGGGUACCCGGAUGUGCCAGGCCUGCCGCACCCGCCGCCACCAUCCGGCCCCAUCCCGCUCCCCCGCGGCCUUCCCGGGCUCCUCAGCCGUGGUCUCUGAGCACCUAAGAGCCGCUCCUAGUGCCAAGUCUCUCAGAGACCCGGAUGCAGAAUUGGGCCCUCAUCACGUGUUUGAUCCCCCAUCAACCCCCCCCACCUUCCGGGGACAGACCCCCCUGGAGUCUAGGGUUCCGCAUCCCGCCCCUCCUCCCCCUGCUCACCGGAAAUCCCUGCGGCGCCUGGGUCCCCCGCCCCCCUCUGCCCACCGUCCAGGCCCCGCUCCUGACGCCAAGGAACCCCAGUCUCUUAGGGACCCAGACGGGAAAGUCCGACCGCCGGACACCUGCCCAACGGAAGAUCUCCAGAGGGCAAAGAGGGGGGGGGUGCUCCCAUCCCUGGAGACCCUCCGCCGGGUCCCCUCUGUCCCCCUCAGGGUCCAUCCCUCGCCUCCCCAUAGCCCCGGGACCCUCCCUCCGCCCUCAGCGUCUGCUCCCGCCACACCGGGCCUCCUGCUCUCUGGCUACCUGGAUGUGCCAGGCCUGCCGCACCUGCCGCCUCCAUCUGGCCCCAUCCCGCUCCCCCGCGGCCUUCCCGGGCUGACGUUUCUGAAGUCCCGAGUCCCUCCAUCAUCCCUCCAUAUCUUCACCAGGAGGACCUGGGUCCACGCUCUGUCCACCUGA